AUGCACCUUGCACGCUCCAAGGUGAAACACCCGAGGAGUAACAAUGUGCAAAAACUAGCAGAUCCAUGUCUAAAAGUCCAGUUCAGAAAGAGUGUCUUAGGCAAGGCUAUACACGUGGCAUUAAUGUGUGUCCAGGAUAAUGCCGGGACUCGGCCUAACAUGAGCGACGUGGUGAUUGCACUGGAAUACUUGAUAUCUGAGCAAGCUGGAACUGGAAGUGAUGAGAGAGAGGGGCGCAAGCACAACCCGGAAGAGAGAAACACCAAUAAAGGAAGAGGAGAGCGUGGUAGGUUACGAGGAGGCGGCCUCUAG